GUGCGGUAUGCAUCAGACAGGGGAGGUGGCCGAAAAGGCUUCUUUGGGGGGUUCUUGGACAACCUCAAGCAGGAGCUCAGCAAGAACAAGGAGAUGAAGGAGAACAUCAAGAAGUUUCGCGAGGAGGCCAAAAAGCUGGAAGAAUCGGAAGCUCUGAAUCAAGCUCGGAGGAAAUAUGUGAGUACUCCAAUAAAUUGAACAGCUUCUUUCCUUUAUAUUUAGGUUGAAAUAUGCGGCCAAGUAAAUAAUAUUGAAGCGCAUGUCACACGUUGUUUCAUUGUUACAUCGGACAAAGGCUGUUGUUAGGCAGGUUGGAUUGGACAAUUACUUGUUUUUUGUCUUCCCUAUUUAUAAUAUAUGCCAUUUCACUUUCUUCCUUAGAAAACCAUAGAGUCUGAAACCGUGAAGACGUCCGAAGUUCUGAAGAAGAAGUUAGGGACCUUCUCAGAGACUGUGAAAGAGGUACUGUACAUGGAUUGUCUGCUGUAGUCACUGUCAUCAGCUUUGAUGACUGAACUUGAGUAUGGUAAAUGUAGUGCUGCAUGUUGUCAAUGAAAUGGCAACAUGGACAUUAAUUACAUAUGUAGGCCUUUGUCUUCGUCAUGUCAACAGAAAGGGUGUGAGUGUCUCAAACAUAAAACAUUUAUGUUCCUGUCUGUCUGUUUUUAGGGUCUGGAAGAGGUCAGUCGUACAGAUAUAGGGAAGAAGAUCAAGGAAGGCAUGGAGGAAGCUGCAAAGACAGCCAAGACAUCUGCGGAGUCUGUGUCCAAGAGUGGAGAGAAACUGGGAAAGACUGGUGCCUUCAGAGCAAUAUCACAGGUGAGUACUGGAUAGUCAGGGACAAGGUACAAAAAGGACCAAUCCAGCACUUCAAAGUCAAAUACCGGUUUCGGUCAUGUUCACUGCAUUAUAGCAACCACUUGCAAAAUUUUGUUGUUGUCACUGCAUGAACCAAGCAAGUCUAAUGAUCUGGAGGGAAUGUACAGAAUCAACCCAGAAUCAACCCAAUCAACCGCACAUUGACUCGGUACCAUUACCCCCUGUAUAUAGCCUCGUUAUUGUUAUGUAAUUUUCUUGUUACUUUUUGAUUUGAUUUUUUACUUUAUUUUUUUUAGUAAAUAUUUUCUUAACUAUUUCUUGAACUGCAGUGUUGGUUAAGGGCUUGUAAGUAAGCAUUUCACAGGAAGGUCUACACCUUUUGUAUUCGGCGCAUGUGACAAAUAAAAUUGGAUUUGAUUAGGUAGCUCAUAACAGCCCAUGUAUUUCCUCUAAAGCCUGCUUUAUGUGCUCACACAGGGUAUGGAGAGUGUGAAGAAGGAGAUUGAUGAUCUUAAUCAGAGUGGGCCCUACCGGGCACCCAAGAGACUACGGAAGAGGAGCGACUUUUCGUCCAAGGCUGCAGAAAAUGAGAACAAGGUCUUCGAGGCCAAUGAGUACGUGCUGCCAGUCUCCCACUCUUAUUCUGUAUCUGUAGAUCUCUAGAUCAUUACUCAAGUAGAAUUGUGUUCAAUGACACAACAUAUUUUUCAGUGCCCAAAUUGCACUUUCGGGUGUAAUUUGGAUACACAGCCACAGUGAAAUUAAUUUAUAGUCUAGAUAACUGUUUACUUUCUGCUGUGCUAUGUCUGGUGGCAUGUGCGUGAGCACUGAGCAGUGAUUUGUUUUCUAGGGAGGCCAUGGGAGUGGUGCUGCACAGGGACUCUAAAUGGUACGCACAGUGGAAGGAUUUCAAGGACAACAACAUGGUCUUCAACAGUGAGCCUGUCUCUUUAUCACAGUUUUUUUUUUUACCUGUCUGGUGUCUGUAGUAUUCAUUGAAGUCUCUAAGUAUCACCCUUCUGAUUCAUAAUAUAGGAUGAUAUGUUAUGAAGACAGAGCUAUUCCUUUAAAAUAUACACUCACCGGCCAGUUCACAAAAAUUGAUCGCUCCUAUAGACAGUGAGUAACGUGGGCCGUGGCUUGCUAAAUAAAGCAGGCAGACAGGCAUCGAGGCAUUCAGUUACUAUUCGAUUGAACUUUAGAAUGGGCAAAACUAGUGACGUAAGCGACUGUGUGGAAUGAUUGUCGGUACCAAGCACACCAGAACCAGUAUCUCAGAAACGGCUGGGCUUUUCACACACGACAGUGUCUAGAGUUUCCCGGUAUUGGUGUGACAAUGGGACCACAAACAGACAAAUAACGGUGCAGUACAACAGUGGUGUGCAGAACGGCAUCUCGGAUCCUUAUCACGGAUGGGCUAUUGCAGUAGACGACCUCACCAGGUUCCACUCCUAUCAGCUAAAAACAAGAAGAAGCGGCUCCAGUGGGCACGCGAUCAGUAACACUGGACAAUUGAGGAGUGGAAAAACAUUGCCUGGUCCGACAAAUCCCGGUUCCUGGUGUGUCAUGCUGAUGGCAGAGUCAGGAUUUGGCAUAAGCAGCAUGAGUCCAUUGACCCAACCUGCCUGGUGUCAACAGUACAAACUAGUGGCGGUGGUGUACAGCCGUCCAAUCUGCAGCAAUUGCGCGAUGCCAUCGCGUCAGCAUGGACCAACAUCCCUGUGGAAAGUUCUGACUUGUAGAAUCCAUGCCCUGAAGAAUUUGGGCUGUUCUGGAGGCAAAGGGGGGUCCGACCGUGUACUAGAUGGAUGUACCUAAUAAACUGGCCAGUGAGUGUAUAUCACUUUUUUUUAUGAGCGUCUGCCGCUGUAAUAUGUUUGUCCAGUAGAUGGGGCUAAGUUCAAGUGUAAAACUACCGAUCAGUGGUUUAGUGCUGUGAAUCAGGCUCUGUGGGAACCAUGCCCAUAUACAGUGUCUUGUUGCUCCGAGGUGCAGGUGCGUUUGUAAACUUGACAAAGUGUCCUUUACUUUUUACUAUACCUUGAAGAUUAAUUUUUGUUCAUUGCCAAAUUCGAACUAUAAUAAUAAAUAAUAAUAAUAUAAUAUGCCAUUUAGCAGACGCUUUUAUCCAAAGUGACUUACAGUCAUGCAUGCAUGCAUGCAUGCAUACAUUAUUUUUUAUUUCUUGUGUCUGGGUGGUCCCGGGGAUCGAACCCACUACCUUGGCGUUACAAGCGCCGUGCUCUACCAGCUGAGCUACAGAGGACCACCCGGACUAUCAUCAUGGUUGCCAGUCAGAAACGUACCGGUCUCAAAUCACAAAGUCAUUAAGGGAUCCAAACCUAGCCCUGGAGUUGUUUGUGGGGUGAGCAGCAAGGUGUAUAUGGGGAAACCCUCUGCUAGCUGAUUGACUGCUGUAUCAGUCUGGUGAAAACUGUCCUGCUCCUAUUAACAUUGGAGCUAAUGGCCCCAUUAAUAAUGAGCAGCAGAUGAUGGGAGGCCAGGGACUCCCUAGGGAUCAGGUACGAGAGCUGCCUUGAAAGCUACUGUGUUUCUGUCUUAGGUUUACACCAGUCAUACUCAAUAGGUGGACCGCGUAACGGGAUCAAUACGGGCUGACGGGAUCAAUACGGGCUGACGGGAUCAAUACGGGCUGACGGGAUCAAUACGGGCUGACGAGUAUGUGGACACCUGCUUGUCAAACAUCUAAUUUCAAAAUCAUGGGCAUUAAUAUGGAGUUGGUCCCCCCUUUGCUGCUAUAAUAGCCUCCACUCUUCUGGGAAAGCUUUCCACUAGAUGUUGGAACAUUGCUGCGGGGACUUGCUUCCAUUCAGCCACAAGAGCAUUAGUGAGGUCGGGCACUGAUGUUGGCCAGUCAAGUUCUUCCAUACCGAUCUCGGCAAAACAUUUCUGUAUGGGCCUCGCUUUGUGCACAGGAGCAUUAUCGUGUUGAAACAUGAAAGGGCCUUCCCCAAAAUGUUAUCACAAAGUUGGAAGCACAGAGUCGUCUAGAAUGUCAUUGUAUGCUGUAGCGUUAAGAUUUCCCUUCACUGGAACUAAGGGGCCUAGCCCGAACCAUGAAAAACAGCCUCAGACCAUUAUUCCUCCUCAACCAAACUUUACAGUUGGCACUAUGCUUUGGGGCAGGUAGCGUUCUCCUGGCGUCCGCCAAACCCAGAUUCCUCCGUCAGACUGCCAGAUGGUGAAGCAUGAUUCAUCACUCCAGAGAACGGGUUUCCACUGCUCCAGAGUCCAAUGGCGGCAAGCUUUACACCACUCCAGCCGACGCUUGGCAUUGUGCAUGGUGAUCUUAGGCUUGUGUGCGGCUGCUCGGCCAUGGAAACACAUUUUAUGAAGCUCCCAACAAAUAGUUAUUGUUCUGAUGUUGCUUCCAGAGGCAGUUUGGAACUCGGUAGUGAGUGUUGCAACCGAGGACAGAUGAUUUUUACAUGCUUCAGCACUCAGUGGUCCCGUUCUGUGAGCUUGUGUGGCCUACCACUUCGCGGCUGAGCCGUUGUUGCUCCUAGACGUUUCCGCUUCACAAUAACAGCACUUACAGUUGACCGGGGCAGCUUUAGCAGGGCAGAAAUUUGAUGAAAUGACUUGUUGGAAAGGUGGCAUCCUAUGACGGUGCCACGUUGAAAGUCACUGAGCUCUUCAGUAAGGCCAUUCUACUGCCAAUGUUUGUCUAUGAAGAUUGCAUGGCUGUGUGCUCGAUUUUAUACUCCUGUCAGCAACGGGUGUGGCUGAAAUAGCCGAAUCCACUAAUUUGAAGGGGUGUCCACAGACUUUUAUUUACAUUUUAGUCAUUUAGCAGACGCUCUUAUCUAGAGUGACUUACAGUUACAUACAUUUUUAUGUAUGUAUAUACACACAUAAACUCAGCAAAAAAAGAAACGUCCUCUCACUGUCAACUGCGUUUAUUUUCAGCAAACUUAACAUGUGUAAAUAUUUGUAUGAACAUAACAAGAUUCAACAACUGAGACAUAAACUGAACAAGUUCCACAGACAUGUGACUAACAGAAAUUGAAUAAUGUGUCUCUGAACAAAGGGUGGGUCAAAAUCAAAAGUAACAGUCAGUAUCUGGUGUGGCCACCAGCUGUAUUAAGUACUGCAGUGCAUCUCCUCCUCAUGGACUGCACCAGAUUUGCCAGUUCUUGCUGUGAGUUGUUACCCCACUCUUCCACCAAGGCACCUGCAAGUUCCCUGACAUUUCUGGGGGGAAUGGCCCUAGCCCUCACCCUCUGAUCCAACAGGUCCCAGACAUGCUCAAUGGGAUUGAGAUCCGGGCUCUUUGCUGGCCAUGCCAGAACACUGACAUUCUUGUCUUGCAGGAAAUCACGCACAGAACGAGCAUUAUGGCUGGUGGCAUUGUCAUGCUGGAGAGUCAUGUCAGGAUGAGCCUGCAGGAAGGGUACCACAUGAGGGAGGAGGAUGUCUUCCCUGUAACGCACAGCGUUGAGAUUGCCUGCAAUGACAACAAGCUCAGUCCGACACACCGCCCCAGACCAUGACGGGCCUCGGUGUAACGAUCAUUCCUUCGACGAUAAACGCGAAUCCGACCAUCCCCCCUGGUGAGACAAAACCGCGACUCGUCAGUGAAGAGCACUUUUUGCCAGUCCUGUCUGGUCCAGCGACGGUGGGUUUGUGCCCAUAGCCGACGUUGUUGCCGGUGAUGUCUGGUGAGGACCUGCCUUACAACAGGCCUAUAAGCCCUCAGUCACAUUUAACAUUUUAACAUUUAGCAGACGCUCUUAUCCAGAGCGACUUACAAAUUGGUGCAUUCAACUUAGGAUAGCCAGUGGGACAACCACCCUAUUUUUUAUUUAAUUAAAUUUUUUUUAAUGGGGGGGGGGGGGGGGGGGGGGGGGGUUAGAAGGUAUUCCUUAAAGAGGUAGGAUUUCAAGUGUCUCCGGAAGGUGGCGUGGGGGAGCUUGUUCCACCAUUGGGGUGCCAGAGCAGCGAAUAGCUUUGACUGGGCUGAGCGACUUACAGUUAGUGAAUAAUUUUUUUUUUUUUAUACUGGCCCCCCGUGGGAAUCGAACCCACAUCCCUGGCGUUGCAAACGCCAUGCUCUAUCAAUUGAGCUACAUCCCUGCCGGCCAUUCCCUCCCCUACCCUGGACGACGCUGGGCCAAUUGUGAGACGCCCAUGAGUCUCCCGGUCGCGGCCGGCUGCGACAGAGCCUGGAUUCGAACCAGGAUCUCUAGUGGCACAGUUAGCACUGCGAUGCGGCGCCUUAGACCACUGCGCCACUCAGGAGUACAUACAUACAUACAGUACCUGUCAAAAGUUUGGACACACAUUCCAGGGUUUUUCUUUAUUUUUACUAUUUUCUACAUUGUAGAAUAAUAGUGAAGACAUCAAAACUAUGAAAUAACACAUGGCAUCAUGUAGUAACCAAAAAAGUGUUAAACAAAUCAAAAUAUAUUUAAUAUAUGAGAUUCUUCAAAGUAGCCACCCUUUGCCUUUGACAGCUUUGCACACUCAUGGCAAUUGUGUUCAUUGUCCGUAGCUUAUGCCUGUCCAUACCAUAACCCCACCGCCACCAUGGGGCACUCUGUUCACAACGUUGACAUCAGCAAACUGCUCGCCCACACGACGCCAUACACGUGGUCUGCUGUUGUGAGGCUGUUUGGACGUACUGCCAAAUUUCCUAAAAUGACAUUGGAGGCUUAUGGUAAAGAAACAUUCAAUUGUCUGUCAACAGCUCUGGAGGACAUACCUGCAGUCAGCAUGCCAAUUGCACACUCCCUCAACACUUGAGACAUAUGUGGCAUUGUGUAAUGAUCAUGCUGUCUAAUCAGCUUCUUGAUAUGCCACACCUGUCAGGUGGAUGGAUUAUCUUGGCGAAGGAGAAAUGCGAGAGAGAGAAGCUUUUUAUGCGAUCUGGGAUCUUUUAUUUCAGCUCAUGAAACAUGGAACCAACACUUUACAUGUUGCAUUUAUAUUUUUGUUCAGUGUAGUAUUUGAGUACCCCUGGUUUACACUGUAGCCUUAUACAUGGAACAUGCUAUUGAGUAUUACCCAAAGAAACAGCACUGACAAUAAAAUGUUUCUGAUUGGUGAAAAGGAGCUAUGAUAUACAGUAAUGACAUUGUGAGAAGUCAAUAGAAAUGCUGUGGUAUUGACUUCCUUUUGUAGCAUCAAUCGCAGAGCAGUCAUCAAUCGCAGAGCAGAGCUAUGGUGUUCAAUGACCCACAGCUCAGUCCCCAUGUUUGAUCCAUAUGAUCCAACUCGGUGCACUAGCUUUGGAGAAAUACUGUACUUAUGCCCCCUCACCCCCCCGCCUGUAACCCUUUGUGUGAUGUUGAUGCCCUGUGACUAAAUGACUCACUCUUCCCUCUUUUCCCAGGGUUCUUUGAGAUGAAGAUGAAGUAUGAUGAAAGCGAGAAUGCCCUCGUCAGAGCGUCUCGUGCCGUCACAGAUAAAAUGACUGACCUCCUAGGUAACCUACUGACUUCAUACCACCAACCCCAAUCACAUCAGCCUUUGGUAGGUGGGCUCUGUCUUUGUUUUUGUCUAACGUGUGUAUGUCUGGUCAGGUGGGCUCUUCUCCAAGACAGAGAUGUCAGAGGUGCUGACAGAGAUUCUGAAGGUGGACCCGUCGUUCGACAAGGAUGUCUUCCUCAAGCAGUGUGAAUUUGACAUCAUACCCAACGUCCUGGAGGUAAAGAAAGAGAUUUCCUCUCCUAACAUUGGUGUGGUACAGAUUGUGAUGAAGGUAUACAGGAGGAACACGGGUUGCUCUUUUCGAGCUGAAGACACUUGGAAAUGAACCCUUCCAUGUACAGUGGGGAGAACAAUUAUUUGAUACACUGCCGAUUUUGCAGGUUUUCCUACUUACAAAGCAUGUAGAGGUCUGUAAUUUUUAUCAUAGGUACACAUCAACUGUGGGAGACGGAAUCUAAAACAAAAAUCCAGAAAAUCACGUAUGAUUUUUAAGUAAUUAAUUUGCAUUUUAUUGCAUGACAUAAGUAUUUGAUCACCUACCAACCAGUAAGAAUUCCGGCUCUCACAGACCUGUUAGUUUUUCUUUAAGAAGCCCUCCUGUUCUCCACUCAUUACCUGUAUUAACUGCACCUGUUUGAACUCGUUACCUGUAAAAAAGACACCUGUCCACACACUCAAUCAAACAGACUCCAACCUCUCCACAAUGGCCAAGACCAGAGAGCUGUGUAAGGACAUCAGGGAUAAAAUUGUAGACGUGCACAAGGCUGGGAUGGGCUACAGGACAAUAGGCAAGCAGCUUGGUGAGAAGGCAACAACUGUUGGCGCAAUUAUUAGAAUAUGGAAGAAGUUCAAGAUGACGGUCAAUCACCCUCGGUCUGGGGCUCCAUGCAAGAUCUCACCUCGUGGGGCAUCAAUGAUCAUGAGGAAGGUGAGUGAUAAGCCCAGAACUACACGGCAGGACCUGGUCAAUGACCUGAAGAGAGCUGGGACCACAGUCUCAAAGAAAACCAUUAGUAACACACUACGCCGUCAUGGAUUAAAAUCCUGCAGCGCACGCAAGGUCCCCAUGCUCCAGCCAGCGAAUGUCCAGGCCCGUCUGAAGUUUGCCAAUGACCAUCUGGAUGAUCCAGAGGAGGAAUGGGAGAAGGUGAUGUGGUCUGAUGAGACAAAAAUAGAGCUUUUUGGUCUAAACCACUCGCCGUGUUUGGAGGAAGAAGAAGGAUGAGUACAACCCCAAGAACACCAUCCCAACCGUGAAGCAUGGAGGUGGAAACAUAAUUCUUUGGGGAUGCUUUUCUGCAAAGGGGACAGGACGACUGCACCGUAUUGAGGGGAGGAUGGAUGGGGCCAUGUAUCGCGAGAUCUUGGCCAACAACCUCCUUCCCUCAGUAAGAGCAUUGAAGAUGGGUCGUGGCUGGGUCUUCCAGCAUGACAACGACCCGAAACACACAGCCAGGGCAACUAAGGAAUGGCUCUGUAAGAAGCAUCUCAAGGUACAGGAGUGGCCUAGCCAGUCUCCAGACCUGAAUCCAAUAGAAAAUCUUUGGAGGGAGCUGAAAGUCCGUAUUGCCCAGCGACAGCCCCGAAACCUGAAGGAUCUGGAGAAGGUCUGUAUGGAGGAGUGGGCCAAAAUCCCUGCUGCAGUGUGUGCAAACCUGGUCAAGACCUACAGGAAACGUAUGAUCUCUGUAAUUGCAAACAAAGGUUUCUGUACCAAAUAUUAAGUUCUGCUUUUCUGAUGUAUCAAAUACUUAUGUCAUGCAAUAAAAUGCAAAUUAAUUACUUAAAAAUCAUACAAUGUGAUUGUCUGGAUUUUUGUUUUAGAUUCCAUCUCUCACAGUUGAAGUGUACCUAUGAUAAAAAUUACAGACCUCUACAUGCUUUGUAAGUAGGAAAACCUGCAAAAUCGGCAGUGUAUAUAAUAUAUAUAUAAUAUGCCAUUUAGCAGACGCUUUUAUCCAAAGCGACUUACAGUCGUCGUAUCAAAUACUUGUUCUCCCCACUGUAUGUCACUGCAGUUAAUAGAGACACCAGAUAACUUUUUCGGUCUGCGACCUUCAACAUUAGUCUCAAGUCUCACUUAAAUCGGGUGAAUAUCCAGAUGAAUUGUAAAAUCAAUGGAGCACUUCUUUCCCCACUGUCCAGAUGCAUUGUAUUGCUCUUUUUGUCUAUCUGCAGUGCCUCAUGAGGUGUGGAUAUCACCCUACAUACUCUGUUCUCUCUGCUUGCCUUACCUGUCUCUGUGUCUCUGUCUCUGUGUGUGUCUGUAGGCCAUGAUCCGUGGGGAGCUUGAGGUGCUGAAGGACUGGUGUUAUGAAGCAGUAAGCAAUUUUCUUGACCAAUGGAUCGACUAGUCAUUUGUACACCAGCAGAAGAUGAAUUGUACUGUAAAUGUAGACCUGCAAUUUUCUGUCAUUUUUUCCUGCCGUUGCUGUUUGCCACACCUCUGUCUUGUGCAUAGACGUACAGCCAGCUGGCCCACCCCAUCCAACAGGCCAAGGCUAUGGGCCUGCAGUUCCACUCUAAGAUCCUGGACAUAGACAACAUUGAUGUGAGUUAACCUUUACAAUAGACUUUUCCUAUUAUUGGUUUGUGGGAUGUGCUUUUCUAAUAGUAUUUUAUGGUGUGUUCACAGCUGGCCAUGGGGAAGAUGAUGGAGCAGGGUCCGGUGCUGAUCAUCACCUUCCAGGCCCAGCUGGUUAUGGUGAUCCGCAACACUAAAGGCGACGUCAUAGAGGGAGACCCUGUGAGUAGAAUACACCCUUGAUCUCAACCCUGGAAAUAAGGAUUGCAUUGUAAAAGUAUUAAAGCAGGGAUCUGUUUGUCUCUUUUAGCUUGGCUAAUCAGACAAGGCAAUGUUUCAGACCUGGGGUGCAUUUCAAUAGUCUAUAGUGGCUUCCUCCCAUCGUCUUUCAAUGGAGCCCUGCUGAUUGUCAUCCAGGCUCCACAUGAAUGCAUCCAGGGCCCGUUAGAACCUUCGUAGGAGCAUCGUUAAAUCUCUGAGCUGUUUCCCAAAACCAUCGCUAUUAACGCAGCACUUGAAAAAGUUCAUAAUCUAACGCCUGCCUCAGACCACUCGGCUAUAGGCCUAUUUCAAUCAUAUUGAAAUGCAUUUAAUGUUCAAUCAAUUGCUCUAUUUAGCUACUUGUAGGCUACUGUCUGUAAUUUGUCUCAAUAUACACUGAGUAUACCAAACAUUAGGAACAUCUUCCUAAUGGAAGGGCAUCCACUCAGCCGCAGGAAGCUGGCAGCCCCUCAGUCUGGCGCAGGGCACUGCCAGGGGAUUUAUGGAGGCUGGGCUGUUAUGUCCUCUGCUGUUGAUGACGCAACUUUUGUUGCCCUUUGUCUCUGGUCUGAGAGAGAACAGGUUAGCCAGGGUGGUACAUUGUACACUUUGGACACACGUUCCAAAGGAUUGAAAAUUGAUUUAAUUUGCCAAUACCUCUGAUCGUCAUUAUGUGUUUGACUGUGUUGGCCCACAGGACAAGGUGCUGAGGAUGAUGUACGUGUGGGCCCUGUGUCGAGACCAGGAGGAGCUCAACCCUUACGCAGCCUGGAGACUCCUGGACAUCUCUGCCUCCAGCACUGAACAAAUCCUCUGA